AUGCACCACCACCCACGGAAUCGAGAAAGAGCUAUCAAUCUGUCAAUCCUGUCCGUGUCCGGGCCGGACUUUGGUUUCCCGGAAGCUGCCCGGCGGGUCAUGGGAAUAACGCCGCCGCAUCGCCAGUCGGCAUCGUUUAUGGUCGGAACUACGACGGAGAAGAGGAGAGAGGCGGCGAGACCGGAGCGCGGGGCGCGCCGGCACGCGUCGGCGGCGGGGACACGGGACGACCCCGGGGCGCGGGGCGUGUGGCGCGGUCGACAGACGGAGAAGGGGAGACGGGGGGAGUGGGGACCUCGGGCCCCCACAAACGACACCCCGAAGCCGCUCGCGCUCCCACCCGGCGCGCGGGGGGAGGCGCCGGUUCUCCCGGAGAAGGAGCGACAACGCGGCCGCCCGAGCCUUUUCCUCUCUUUCCCAUGGGGGCGGGCACGCCGCGGGACCGGCCGCGCCCGGCGGCGGCGGCGACGGCGACGGCAAGGCAAGCCGGGGGAGCCGGGGGACGACAGAGCGCCCCCGCGCGGCCUCCGAGACACGCCCCGCGACACGGCUCCGGCUGUGCCCCCCACGCGCACACACGGCCCCCAACAACGAGCCCCCACCGGGCGGAGCCGCGGGCGGCGGCCACGGAAGGGAAGAACGGGGCCCGCCGCUUCGAUUCCCCCAAAGCCAGGCUCGCGCCAGGCGCACCGGCACGGGACCGGGUCCCGGUCGGGAGGGGGAAGGAAGACGAAACGGACGCCGGCUUCCACGACCGGGCGAGAGCAGCACCCGCGGACGCCAGGGGAGGCACGGGAGGGGACCGAGGAGGAGGCGGGAGGGCGGCCAGGGGACCGCCGUGGCACGCGCGAGCUCGGAGGGCGAGCCCUGGCGGGCAGGGCUCGACCCCCCACGGCCGACCGAGCGACGCCGCCGCACGGCGCGCGCGCAGCGGGAACGGACCGGACCCGGCAGCUUGCGGCGACCGCGGGACCGACCGGCGGACGGGGGAAGCGUAGGCAGCGAACGGCGGGCCGCAGCGGCGGCGGGCCCGGGGCGCGACAGCGGCAACAACCGCCGGGGACGGCGCGGAGGCGGGGCCCCCGGAGCAGCGGCGGCAGAACCGGCCGGCAGAGCGAGCGAGAGACUCGGUCGGGAAGGCAACGGACAGACGGGCGGAACGGAGGAGGAGAGCAGAGCGGGAGGGCAGAGAAAAGCGCGCCCGCGGCGACCCCGGCCCCGGCCGCCACGCGCGGCCGAGCGGGCGAGGCGGGGGAGGGAGAGGCGGACCACAAAGAGGCGGCGGUGCGUACGCGGAGGCGUUGCCGAGCCCGUGUGGGGGGAGCGUCCCCCGCGCCCGAAACCCGAGGCGGGGGGCACAAAGGCAGCGGCGGGCCAGACACAAGAGAAGAGGGCCCCGCGAGAAAAGCCUCGCGAGGCCGACCCGGCCAGACGCGACCCCCCGAACGGGCGCGACUCCGCUCCCGCCAACGCCACCCGCCGCCGGCGCGGACGUGCCAACCCCCACGAGGACAGAGCCGGGCGGGGGAGGCUGGCCGGCAAGCUACGGGCGAGCGAGACACCCUCCAGAGGGGAGGGGCCACCCAGCGGCCUUCUGUCCCUGCAACGCGACGGGACGGGACCGCGACGGCCGCGGACGCGACGUGCGCGGGGCGGGCGAGGGUGGUCACGACCAGGGCACCGGAAGCCCAAGGCCCUCGGACACGACCGGGCCACCGGGAAAACACGCGCGGGAAUCCCACCGCCCAGCCACAAGGGCGGUCCCGCAAACCACGGCCCGGGACGACGGCCGGCCCCGUCAGCCGGGAACCAGCCCCUCAAAACCUCCGGGGAGGCGCGCACACGCCCCCGCCGCCCGCACGCACAGCGCGAACCCGACGACCGCCGGGGAAACCCCGGCCGCGCCAACCGCCAAACCCCGCCGCCACGGCCCGCCCGACCGCGCCCGAAGGCGGGGACGGGGGACGCGAGACCUUCUCCGACCGGGACCGUCCGCCGGAAACCCCCUUCCGGGUUCCCACGGCUCCGCACGGCAGAGCCCAGCCGUCGGCUCCGGGGGCGGCCGACCGACCGCGCGACCCCGGGGGAAGCACCGCGCCUGAACCCCGGGCGCCGCACCGAGGCGGAACCGCCGAGCGCCACCACACACCACUUCCCCCCGCGGCGGCCCGCAGCACCCCCGCCGGCUGCGGCGACUCGCCCCGGGGACGAGGAGAGGAGAGGACGGGCGGGAGAGGCGUACACGCCGCCCCCUUGCUCCGGGAAAGCGCAUCCCCCGCGGGGGCAAGAGCGGGGCGGCCCCCUCUCUCCGCGCCUCGGCAAGGGCGAACCCGUUGCCUCGGCGACGACCACGCCAGCACAGCACGCGCGUCCCGAGAAAGCCCGGAAGCCCCUCGCCUCGCCGACCGUAGUACCGGGCGCCCGACGACCGGCCGGGACGCCAACUCGGCCCGGCGGGACCCUCCCCCGACUCGGAGGGGGGAGGCGCGGGACGCGGUAGGCCAAGAGGAGCGGGCGCCGCCGCUCGGCACACCCCCGCCGCGGGGGCUCGAACGGCGGACCCUCCGGCUACCGGUGGGGCGCACAGAGGCGGAAGGAGGGGCGGCGGACCCAAGGGGGCCGAACGCACCCUCUCGGAUCGCUAGAGAAGGCUUCCUCCGCCGAGGGGGCGCCACCCCCGAAGCCCAAGCUCGGCCAGCAGCCCCCGCCCGCCAGGACGAGGGGCCGGCUGUCCCCCCAACGAGGAGAAGGGGGAAAGCAACGACGGGCUCGGGGAGGCCUAUCUUUAAGAGGCCCCGGUCGCCCCCGAGGGGACCCCGCCGACACAACGGCACCCACCACUGUCGCUCACGCGCCCGCAACGCCGUGGGACUAUGCUGGCUGCGUGCGGGCACGCGCCCGGGGCCGGCCGCCGCAGGACGGCAGCCCGACACCCCCAUCAUCGCCAAAGCUCGACCGCCUCGACCCCCCCCCGAGCGGUCCUCGGGGGAGAACGACCACCAAACGCCACGCCGGAGCACGGGGGCACCACCGAAGACCGGGUGGAAGCGCGGCAACGGCGCGACACCGGGCGGCCCCCCUAACACCUCCGCCGCGGAGGCGGGGGAGCCGGCUCGAGAAGAACACCACGCGAGGGCUGUCUGCUGCGUCAGAGGGACCCCGGCCCUCAGCGAAGAGAGCGGGGUCGGGCCGGAUUCCGCACCCCUGCGCCCACCCACGACACACCCGGUGCGGGGAGAAGCGAGGGGCCCGCUGGCAGAGCGAGAAGAUCGGUCCCAUUCGCCAUGA